AUGGAUGUCUCAGAAGACAGGCUUUCUCCGACAAGAAAGAUGAGAGGAACCGUGGAGUUGGACCAAUACGUUGGAAUAGAUAGCUCUGUUGCUUACUUUCAAGCUUUAGAUAGCUCUGUUUGUUACAAGCAAAGAAGAAAAGAUAUAGCUUUAGUUUUACACCAGCUACGCCCUUCCCCAUUGCAACGUUGUUGGUUUUCGUUUUAUUUUUGGAUCCAUGCAAGCCAUUUCCUGUUGAUAGGAAGGCAGAGUAACAAGUUGAUUUCGAGUACCAUACCUCCUUUCCGGUUCACAGACAGAUCGAGGGUCACACCUUACACUUGCGUCACCUGCCUGCCCUUCUCGGUUUAA